AUGAAACGUUUACCCACUGAGUUACUUUACUUUAUUGGUCAGUACAGCCGAGAGGAAGACCCCGCCUUCAGGACCUUGUGGGCGCUAUAUUUAUGCUCGUGGCGCUUCUAUCACGUGUUCAAACCUCUGUUAUACUCGGAAAUUCGCAUCACUCAUGACGGUGAUCGUAUCCCUCUUCAUGACGUUGACUUGAUUUUACGGCUCUGGCGUGACGCAGAGUUGGCCAGGCAGGUGCAUCGGCUCGAAAUUCACUGGCAGGGGUGUGGCUCGAGUGACGUGAGCAAGUUCGAAGACGGAAGCAAAAUCGUCGCAUUCAUCAACUCGGCCCUGGAUGAGAUUUUCGGCUCCGAUGCGCUCCUCUACCGGACUCGAGACAAAUGGGAACACCAUCUGCAGGCUCGCUGCCAAGAGGCUUGGGCGGGGAUUCUUCUCGUUCGACUAUCCCAUCUGCGACGCCUGUUCCGGCAGCAGCCCUUCGAUCGCCCCCUGCCCUUUCCGUACCUCACUGAAGUAACCGCAUCUGCCCACAGCCGCCUACAUUGGAUUGAGUCGGAUCUCCUUACCUCCUUCUUCUAUUUCCCCGCGGUCCGCCGGGUCAAUGUCUUCGCCGUAGCCGAGACCUCCGCCGCACCUGAAUCGCUAGUCGUGAAACAUGAUCCGCUCCCCGUGCGAAUCUUAGUGGUCUCGAAUGCCGUUUACUGCCGCGGAAUGCUCGACUGGCUCGCGGCGAGCGCGCGUCUCGAAUAA